ACAAUUUGGCAAACAGCUGCUUGUUGGUGUAUAGAUUUAAUGAGCGGUUGCACUGCCAGCUGUGGAGACUAUUUACAAAAAUACCUUUCUACCAGCUGCGACAGCUCGGGUGGCAUUGUUUUCACCUUGUGUGUGUGUGUGUGUGUGUGUGUGUGUGAGAGAGUGAUCAUAGAACAACGAGAUCCUGGAGACACCUAAAGCAGCAGGAACUACAGCGGAGCUGCCGAUGCGUACGUUGGGAGGUGUUUACGCGUCUGUCGAAGGAACUCUGAUAGUGUCACAAAUGUCACAAAACUUCUACAGGCUCCUCUGUGCAGUCCAACCGAUCCCAUCAACAUGCUUUGGGAAGAGAAAAUAGAAGUCUCACUGUUGGCCUGUGGAGGGUAAGGGCAGCCAUGUACAGGCAUGGAGUCACAUCCGCUGCCUCUCUCUUCAUCAGACAGUGACAAGCUUGGCUGGGAGGGCCUAAUCCACAUGGAGCGUUAUCGCAACUAAGUUCAACCAUGAAGAUCCCACUCGGUUCGACCAGUGGGAGUCACGAGAACAGCGGAGGAAAAUGUGUGACCCCUUCCCGGCUUCCCACCUGCGUUCACUGCCAUUGCGGUUGGAGUGUCUGGCCAAGGCAUAAAUUAUUCUGCUGGGGGACAGCAACGGAAGCAAUGCAGAAAAGAGACGAGAUGACGGAGGAGAUGAUGUGUAUGACCAUUGAACUGACUGAGGCCGAAGGAAGGCAGAUCUUCUGAUGACCUAAUGGAACUGAAUUUACAAAUAGUGCUUUUUUGGGUCCUGGUGCUGUGCUGCAGCUCGGCUAAAGGCAGUAUCCUGUACCGGGUCCAGGAGGAGCAGCCUCCCAACACCCUCAUUGGUAGCCUGGCAGCAGACCAGGGCCUGCCUGACUCGGGUCACCUCUACAAGCUAGAGGUUGGUUCCCCUUAUCUCCGUGUCGAUGGAAAGACGGGAGACAUUUUCACCACAGAGAUUCCCAUUGACAGAGAGACCCUGAGGGACUGUCGAUCCCUGGCUAAGGGUAAGCCCUGCUACCUGGAAUUUGAAGUAUCAGUGACAGAUCUGAUACAAAACCAGAGCCCACGACUUAUUGAAGGACGUAUUGAGGUACAGGACAUCAAUGACAAUACCCCACAAUUUCCCUCUUCUGUGCUCACCAUCUCUGUCCCGGAGAACACAAUAAUGGGGGCCCUAUUCUCCAUACCUUUAGCGACAGACAGGGACUCAGACAGGAAUGGGGUAGCUGACUAUGCGCUGACUGCAGGGCCAGAUGCAGCAACCCUGUUUGGUUUACAAGUGGCUGAUGACAGGGGAGGGAAGCUUCCACAGUUGAUUGUCCUGGGCAACCUAGAUCGCGAGUUGAAGGAUUCCUAUGACCUCACCAUCAAGGCAGUGGACGGAGGAAACCCUCAGCGCUACAGCAGUGCUUUGCUUAGAGUCGUGGUCACCGAUGCCAAUGAUAAUGCUCCCAAGUUUGAAAGGUCCACGUAUGAGGCUGACGUUUCUGAAAAUAGCCCAGUGGGGCACUCUGUAUUGCAGGUCAAAGCAAAUGACUCGGACAUGGGACCUAAUGGAGAAAUUGAGUAUACCCUUCACCAAGCAGUAGACCCAGUGCCGAAACUAUUACGCAUUGAUCGGUCCACUGGUAUUAUCUAUGUUAAAGGACCACUGGACAGGGAAGAAAUCAGCAGCCUGUCCUUCUAUGUGAUGGCAAAGGAUAAGGGUCCUCAACCUAAAAGCUCGAAGACAUUUGUAACCAUUGAGGUGACCGACCAAAAUGACAACGCUCCAGCUGUGGAGAUUCGUGGGAUUGGUCUUGUGACACACAGUGAAGGAGUGGCUAACAUUUCAGAAGACAUGCCAGUGGGAACAGCUGUAGCUUUGGUGCAAGUUUCUGACAAGGAUGAGGGAGAGAAUGCUGUGGUUACCUGUGUGGUUGCAGGAGAUGUGCCCUUCCAACUUCGCCCUGCCAGUGACUCAUCCAGUGACAACAAGAGGAAGUAUUUUCUACAGACCACCACACCUCUUGACUACGAAAGGGUUAGGGAUUACAGAGUAGAGAUUGUGGCUGUGGAUUCUGGAAAUCCAGCACUCUCUAGUACAAAUUCAUUGAAGGUGCAGGUGACUGAUGUGAAUGACAACUCUCCAAUAUUCUCCCCGACCUUGUUUGAGGUAGAUUUUGCUGAAGAAAACCAACCAGGGGAAAAGGUUUUGGAUAUUACAGCAGCUGACGCAGACAGUGGGACUAAUGCUGAACUCCUUUAUAAUAUUGUGGCAGACUCAUCCAUCAAAGGUCUCUUUGAGAUUGACCCAAAUACAGGGGAGGUAAGAGCCCGGAGCCCGCUUGAUCGUGAGCAUAAAGAAAGGUAUGAGUUCCGCGUCACAGCGGCAGAUAAAGGAUCACCUGUUCAUAAAGGAACAGCAACUGUUGUAAUAAAAGUCCUUGACCGCAAUGACAAUGACCCCAAGUUCAUGCUUAGUGGCUACAGCUUUUCAGUUUUGGAAAACAUGCCUUCCCUCAGUCCAGUUGGUAUGGUCACAGUCGUGGAUGUGGAUAAAGGUGAAAAUGCUCAUGUCCACCUCUCAGUGGAGCCUGAUGGAGGGAAGUUUGUUGUGCAAAAUGGAACAGGCACCAUUCUCUCAAGCAUCUCAUUUGACAGGGAGAAAGAAAGCAGCUACACUUUCCGUCUUAAAGCAGUGGAUGGAGGAGAGCCACCCAGGUCUUCAUACGUUGGUGUCACUAUCAAUGUACUGGAUGAAAAUGACAAUGAUCCUGUGGUCACAAAGCCCUCCAAUUCCUCCUUUAGGCGCUUGUCACCUCUAGCUUCCCCAGAUAGCCAUGUGGAGGUAGUGGAAGCUGAAGAUCUUGACAGCGGGCCUAAUGCAGAACUGGUUUUUAGUAUUGCUGGAGGAAAUCCUUAUCAGUUAUUUCGCAUCUCCCCUUCCAGUGGGGAGAUCACUCUAGCCAAGGAGAUGACCCGAAAACAUGGUGGACUACAUCGCCUAGUGGUGCGAGUGAGUGAUAGGGGUAAGCCUGCACGUCAUGCCACUGCCCUGGUCCACAUCUAUGUCAAUGAAACUAUUUCAAAUGUCAGCUUAGUGGAAGCCUUAGUAGGACACAGUCUAUACACUCCACUGGACAGGGACAUUGCUGGUGAUCCUGACAAUGGUUUUGCUGCACAGCGUAGUAACAUUUUGUUUGGAAGCCUUGCUGGUGUGGCAGGUGUUGUCAUGUUGAUCUUGGUCGUGGUAUUUAUUCGACACCGCAUCCAGAGAGAAACGAAGAGUGGGUAUCAGGCUGGCAAAAAGGAAACAAAGGACUUAUAUGCACCCAAACAGGUACCAAAAAAUUCCAAAGGGAAACGAGGAAGGAAAGGCAAACCCCAGAAGUCCCCAAAACCACUUGGGGAAGAGGAGGAGGUCAGCCUUCAAAAGAGUCUCAAGUUCAAUCUUGAUGGAGUCAAUGAUAGCCCUAGGAUACACCUGCCCUUAACAUAUUCACCAGGAAGCCCUGAUAUAGGCAGGCACUACCGCUCCAACUCCCCCCUACCUUCAAUACAGCUGCAGGCCCAAUCGCCCUCAGCCUCACAGAAGCAUCAGGCUGUCCAGGACCUCCCUGCUGCCAACACCUUUGUGGGAACGGGAGGAGAUGACAACUCUACCGGCUCAGACCAGUACUCAGAUUACAGCUACAAGACCAGCCAAGCGAAGUACAACAAACAGCAUCCCCAUCGGCGAGUGACCUUCUCCACCGCCAACCCUGUGCAGGACCUGCAGGACGCCUCUCAGCACAGCUACUAUGACAGCGGCUUGGAGGAAUCGGAGACCCCCAGCAGCAAGUCGUCGUCUGGUCCCCGCAUCGGACCCCUGACCCUGCCCGAGGACCACUACGAGCGGACCACUCCAGAUGGCAGCAUCGGAGAGAACGAGCACCCAGAAAACGAUAUCCGCUCCCUCCCUGACGUGGCAAUGACCGGAAACUGCACACCGGAGUGCAGCGAAUUGGGCCACUCGGACGCCUGCUGGAUGCCCGGGCAUCCCUCUCCAGUGCGCAAGACCAGGAACCCCCCGAAACUCUCCACCUUCGUGCCUUACCAGGAGAGAGGGAGCCUGGGACGCUUGGCAAACGGCAGCGCCAGGCUGGGUGGCGAGGAGCACCGGUCGCGCCUUCCGCCCUCCCGCAGUGCCUACUCCGGCAGCGGUCACGACGCCAGUCAGGACUGCCCCUUAGAGGAGAUGCCCCUGAGCGCAGCCUCCGAGUUCCCGCCCACCUCCUCUGCCGCCCACACUCCAAAAAGAGAAAUUUACCUAGCGGCUCUUCUUGAUCAAAGCAAGAGGACGUCAUGAAGCACCUAAACACACGUGAACAGUAUGUUGGAUAAUGUUUAAUUUGUACUUAACAUUGAUUUAAUGUUGAACUCACUUGAGUAUCUUUUGCCUCUCUGUGGUGUGUGUUUUGUGGUGAUCAUUUCUGUGGACAGAUGGACAAAUUGCUGUGCUGAAAUUGGCAAGGGACUUUUUUUUCUCCUCCUCCGUACUGAUUAAAGACUCUUAGCAAACUGGUUGUGUGAAAAAAUAAAGAUAUCCGUUGGUGGUGUAGUGUACAUAGAUCUCCACAACCAUGUGACUGCUGUCAGGCAGGCAACGGUUUUAGCAUGAAUUCCAAAGAUAAUUGGUAGAAACUGUUUACUCUCCUUAAUUCUUUCCCCCCCCUUUUUAUUUCACUUUCUGAAAUGUCAGUGCCGGUUCACAUUCAAAAAGCCCUUCUCCCAAACGAACGGAAACUAACUGAACAUUUCAUCUUCUUCACAGUUGAUCUAGAAACAAAGACAAAUUGCCUUGAAAAGAAGUCUUUGCAAGAGAGAAUCUAGUUGUUAUCCUAAUUGUUGGUAUAUUUAUAUAGGAUAAAAAUGCUUGUGAUGCCAUGUUUUUGUACAGUUUUAUGUACAUACAAGUGAAGCUUUCUAAAAGUUCUGAGAAAAGCCGAUGGCAUAUAAAAAUUGUAACAUGUUUUCUUGAGAUGUGCACAUCUUGCCUUGGUUGGAUUGACCUUUGCUGAGUCAGUGUGAAUGUGGCCGUUCUAUGCCUGCACUGUAGUCAUUCACCGGCUCCCACCUCCUGAGGACUUAAUCAGUUUUUAUGUUUAUCGUGAACAGUGGACUGUCUUAUCUUACCAGUUUGUUAAACUCCUGUGUUAGGCUUUGUUCCGUUUUUUCGCAUGUUGACAAAUUCUCUUGUAAUACUGUAAGUCCUCAUGAACUUUGUAAUAAAAUCACUUCAGGGAAAAAAUGAA